AUGCCCUACUCGUGUCCCACCAACACCUCGCUGUGGGAGCUGCACCUGACGGGCAUCCCGGGGCUGCAGCACCUGCACCACUGGAUCUCCAUCCCCUUCUGCAUCAUGUACCUCAUCACGCUGUCUGGGAACAGCAUCCUCCUGUACCUGAUAAAGGUUGAUCCCAGCCUGCACCUGCCCAUGUUCCUCUUCCUGUCCAUGCUUGCUGUCAUUGACCUGGUGAUGUCCACCUCUAUCACCCCCAAAAUGCUGGGCAUCUUCUGGUUUCGCUCCACUGCCAUCAGCCUGGAUGCUUGUCUUACCCAGAUGUACUUUGUUCACGCUUUCUCCGCCAUGGAGUCAGGGGUGCUGGUGGCCAUGGCCUUUGACCGCUACGUGGCCAUUUGCAAUCCGGCUGUGGUUUUCAUGAGCCCCCUCACCUUCCAGAUCCGCCGCCUGUCCCUCCGCAUCCCGGCGGUGGUGGACCACUCGUACUGCGAGCACAUGGCCGUGCUCAACGUGGCCUGCGGGAACACUGCCUUCAGCAGCACCUACAGCCUCUCUGUCUCCACCUGCGUGGUCAGCUUCGACUGGCUGCUCAUCACCCUCUCGUACGCGCUCAUCCUCCGAGCUGUGCUCAGCCUCUCCUCCCCACGAGCCCACAGAAAGGCCUUCAGCACCUGCGGCUCACACCUCUGCGUCAUGGCACUCUUCUACAUCCCUGGGCUGCUCUCCAUGUACAUGGAGAGGUACCACCAGGAGCUUCCACCUCACAUGCGGGUCCUGUUGGCUGAUGUCUACCUCCUCAUCCCACCAGCGUUCAACCCUCUGAUCUACGGCAUCAGGACGAAGCAGAUUUGUGACGGAGCACGCAGGCUACUGGAGUGGGGACCACAGACCACAGGGGCCCGGGGUGUUGUCCCAAAACCUGGGGUGGCAUCAUUUGGGCAGGUGGUCAACGGGUCGGUGGUCGCGAUCUCCCCCUGA